UGCCAAACGAACUGUAGUUUACUUCACUCUAGUUCAGUCGUUACCGUAAACAUGGCGGCGAUGGAUGUUGAACCUCCGAAAAUGGAGCAAAAUCUGCGUACGCUGAAGCUGUCGGGGCACGUCGGGUUCGACAGCCUGCCAGACCAGCUGGUGAACAAGAGCGUCCAGAACGGCUUCGUCUUCAAUAUCCUGUGCAUAGGUGAGACUGGACUCGGCAAGUCAACUCUUAUGGACUCGCUGUUCAACACCAACUUUGAUUCAGCUCCGAGUCCACAUAACCUGCCAACGGUGAAGCUUAAGGCACAUACAUAUGAGUUGCAGGAGACCAAUGUCCGUCUCAAGCUGACGAUCUGCGACACUGUGGGCUACGGAGACCAGGUGAACAAGGAGGACAGCUUCAAGGCCGUCGUAGACCACCUGGACGCCCAGUUCGAGGCUUAUCUCCAGGAGGAGCUGAAGAUCAAGCGCUCCUUGCCAGCGUACCACGACUCGCGCCUGCAUGUGUGCCUCUACUUCAUCUGUCCUACAGGUCACGGUCUGAAGUCCAUCGACCUGGUGUGCAUGAAGAAGCUGGACACCAAGGUCAACAUCAUCCCCAUCAUCGCCAAGGCCGACACCAUCUCCAAGACCGAGCUGCAGAAGUUCAAGUCUAAGAUAAUGCAAGAGCUGCAAGCUAACGGCGUGGAGAUCUACGCGUUUCCGACCGACGACGAAUCCGUGGCCGAGGUCAACGGGUCUAUGAACUCUCAUAUACCCUUCGCGGUGGUCGGCUCUACGGACAUGGUCAAGAUUGGCAACAAGACGGUCAGAGCGAGGCAGUACCCGUGGGGCACCGUGCAAGUGGAGAACGAGUCCCACUGCGACUUCGUGAAGCUGCGCGAGAUGCUGAUCCGCACCAACAUGGAGGACAUGCGGGAGAAGACGCACGCGCGCCAUUACGAGCUGUACCGUCGCAGGCGCCUGCAGCAGAUGGGCUUCAGCGAUGUCGACGCUGAUAACAAGCCCGUGUCAUUCCAGCAGACGUUCGAGCAGAAGCGCAGCGCACACCUGGCCGAGCUGCAGCAGAAGGAGGACGAGAUGCGGCAGAUGUUCGUGCAACGCGUCAAGGAGAAGGAGGCAGAGCUCAAAGAUGCAGAGCGGGAGUUGCACGCAAAGUUCGACAAGCUGAAAAAAGACCACACCGACGAAAAGAAGCGUCUAGAAGAACUCCGCAAGAAGAUCGAAGACGAGACCAUCGAGUUCAACCGGCGCAAGCAACAGACGGCGCAGUCACACCACACGCUCACGCUUGGCAAGAGCAAGAAGAAGUAAACUCUUGCUGUUCUAUGCUCUCCUGGUACCUCUGGCGUUACGAUCAAGCUGACUUUGUAGCCGACUUUGUCAUGACAAAAGCAAUAUGCAAUAUUGAAGAUAUUUGACGUUUAUGAUGACACUGCAACACUUUGUUAUUUCAAAGUGUGUGCAGAGUUAGCUUGGUCCGACUGCUAGCUUAUUACGCCUGCAACCAUGCCCGCCGCAAGCAACAGACGGCCCAGUCUCACCCCAGGCUCCCCCUCGUUUAUCAAGGCAAAUUCCACAUACUGGAACUUUAUUAAGUAUAAUUUUGAAGUAUCCUGCCUUAAUUUAAUAUCAUUUAUCACAAUAACUAUAAAAUAUCGAUGAUCGAUAUUAGAAAUUUAAGGCAGGUUGUCCUAUGACAUGACAUUUACAUUAAUUAACUUGCAUAGUACCUAAUCUAAUGAACUUUGAUUCUUUUAAAAUGAUAUCUGGUUUUCGCUUAUAGCAUUCUUUAUCCAUUAGAAUAUGAAUGAUAUUAGCGUAAAAUUAUAACUAGUUUCGGUAACGAUAGAUUGCUUAAGGUAACAUUCUCACCGCCGACGAUUAGCAUGAAGAUAAUAGAUUUAGAAUUUGAGAAUUUCUUCGGAUGUCAAUGAUAUAGGUUUUAUUCGGUACAUCUGUUGUACGUUUUUGGGCGAGCGAAAUGAACGAAUAGUUGAAAGUUCGUCGUCGGUGUGACUGCAGCCUUACAGCUUGAUUCGCUGGUGAAUAUUGCUUUGUGAUGUAUUUUGUUUGAACAAAACCGCUCACAGACAACCGGCCACUGCAACCUAUUGUUGAUCUUAGGCUUAAAAAUCGAUAGUUCUCGAGAUAUGUAGCAACGUGACAGACAGACGGACGGACAGAUUCGCAGAUAAGGAUUCCUUUUGUACCUUUUUGGUACGGACGCCUAAAAUACGUAGAAUAAGCGGCAUUAAUUUUAAAACUUCGGUAUUUUACUUAAACAUUUGCUGUGCUUUCGGAUCGCUUUCAUGGCCAUUUAUACAAAAAAUUAAGUAUCCACGUUUUUUUAGAAAACCUAAAACUUUUGGGUUAUUUCUACUCAGCAUCACAAGGAUUACCUACUAAUUUGAUAUACAAAAAAAGUAUUCGAAAAAUGUUGUCAGUUCUGUGGCGCACUUUCACAUACAUUUUGUUUGGACCGUCACAAAAUGGACUCGUACAUUAUGGAUAAAACUGAGGACAAAUAAUCCUCGUGAUGAAUCGAAAUGACCCGGAAAUUCUUAGUUUUUCGAACAAAAGCAAAAGGUACACUUUUUUCUGAAUACCAACUACAUAUAUGCUUGUGUUCAUUAGAUGCCGUACUAAAACAGCUUUUGUAAGUCGCGCUAAACGUAGAACUUUUAAACACAUCCAUUGCCGUAUUAAAUUAAAUAUUAUUUUAUAAGUUAAUUUUAAGGAAAUUGGCCAAAUAAUAAAUGUAACCAAUACUAUCUGGUUAUAAAAUAUCACUUGACUUACCAAAUGUAUUAUGAAUAGAUUAUAAGAGGGUGUAUUCUGUGCGUGACAUUGAAAGCGAUCACUAGACAUUGAAACUCGAAAUAUAUGAAACAUGCGGAUAAAAAUAUAAUUUUAUCACUUGAAUGAAUGUAUGCUCUGGUUAACGUAUUCGGGUGGAUCAACUUUUUUUUGUUUUAAUAACAACACUCGUGAGACUUAAAAAAUACGCGAGUGACUCAUUUUUAUAUAUUUAACUUUAUUGUGUUGUUAUUUUAUGUCGUUGUCCAAGAGAGUAGAAUUAGACCAAGAAAAGUCUGCAGCGAUUUCGAUAGCCUUCCCAGUGCUAGUGUACAUUGUGUACAUUCAAUGCUAGCCCAAGCUACGCGCUACGAGCGUAGCCGAUAACACGAGAAAAACCGUGUGUAGCGAAAAGCGCCUACGAACAGUGAAUUCCCCUAGGGCGUCGCUGGCAAUGAAUGUGUUAAACUUCUAUGAAAUUAUGACGUAUAAAUAACACUUGCACUGCGUGGGCUAUCAAAAUCGCUGCAGACUUUUCUUGGUCUAACUCUAGUAACACAGUUUAAUUAAUUGUUAGAAGAAAUGUAUCACAUUCAAUUGGUAAAUUAAGUAUCCCAUUAAGUAACCCAUUAAGUACCAGUUUUAAAUACUAUAGAAUCAGGAUCUUGAGUAUUUUUCCUCUGGGUUACCGUAACCAUGGCAACGACUGGCACUAAAAAGUCGAUUCACCUAUUCCUGUAGUCUAAGGUCUCAAAUUAAACAUACGGUUAUGUUUAAAUAGUUUAUUACUUAGGAAUUAGCCGUAUUGAGAAACGCAGUUUUUGCUACCACUACAUAACGAUCUUUUGCGUUUUGACAUUCUUGGCUUCGUAUAAAGCCACUGUAGUAAUAAUAAUCAGAUUUAUAACAAUAUUUAAUUAAUUUUAAUGAAUUUUAUAAUCGUUUUAUUAAUAAUGCUCUCUACAUUUUGUACUUUGCGGUAAAAGCUAGUGUAGAAGAGGGCAGUAUGUAAUUUCCACGCAUUUAUUUGUUCAUUCCUUUUAUAUAUUUUUUAUACUUAUAAUUAAUAUUUACCCGAUUGAGGUAUUUAAUAAAAUCGUAAAAUUA